AUGGCUUCCUUGCUGGUGGGGCCGGUGCAGCAUCAGCAAAAUCCACUACCCGACCAUCAAUAUCAUCAUUGCGGUACUAAUCAUGCUCUUGACCAAGCUUCAACUCUACAACCACAACUACGACCCGCCCCCGCUGUGAAACUCUCUGCCACCAUGGAAACUGACAAGGACAUGCCGGAUUCUCUAGUUGAUAGUAAUGGUCCAGUUAAUGGUCAUAUUAUUUCCACUACAAUUGGAGGCAAAAAUGGAGAGCCCAAAAGGACCAUUAGUUACAUGGCAGAACGUGUCGUGGGUACGGGUUCAUUUGGAAUAGUUUUCCAGGCAAAAUGCUUGGAAACUGGAGAAGCUGUGGCCAUAAAGAAAGUUUUGCAAGAUAAGCGUUACAAAAAUCGUGAGCUGCAGUUAAUGCGUUUGAUGGAUCAUCCAAAUGUGAUAUCUUUGAAGCAUUGUUUCUUUUCUACUACAACCAGAGAUGAGCUUUUCCUUAAUUUGGUCAUGGAUUAUGUCCCUGAGACAAUGUAUAAGGUCUUAAAGCAUUAUAAUGAUUCGAAUCAAAGUAUGCCGCUCAUCUACGUCAAACUCUACACGUAUCAGUUAUUUAGAGGGCUUGCUUAUAUGCACACAGUUCGGGGGGUAUGUCAUAGGGAUAUAAAACCUCAGAAUAUUUUGGUUGAUCCUCUUACACACCAGGUCAAGAUUUGUGACUUAGGCAGUGCUAAACUUCUGGUGAAGGGUGAAGCAAAUAUAUCAUACAUUUGCUCGCGUUACUACCGGGCCCCGGAACUCAUAUUUGCUGCAACAGAAUAUACGAUGUCAAUUGAUAUUUGGUCAGCUGGUUGCGUUCUUGCUGAGCUUCUGUUAGGACAGCCACUGUUUCCUGGAGAAAAUACCGUUGACCAACUCGUAGAAAUUAUCAAGGUUCUUGGUACUCCGACUCGAGAAGAAAUUCGGUGUAUGAAUCCAAAUUAUACUGAUUUUAGGUUUCCUCAGAUUAAAGCUCAUCCUUGGCAUAAGGUUUUUCACAAGCGUAUGCCUCCUGAAGCAAUUGAUCUCGCUUCACGACUUCUUCAGUAUUCACCAAGUCUUCGCUGCACGGCGCUAGAAGCAUGUGCCCAUCCCUUCUUUGAUGAGCUCCGAGAGCCUAAUGCCCGCCUACCAAAUGGUCGCCCUUUCCCUCCACUUUUCAACUUUAAACAGGAAUUGGCUGGAACAUCGCCUGAGUUGAUAAACCGGUUGAUACCCGAGCAUGUACAACGGCAAGCUCGUCUGAACUUUCCCCAUCCAGCAGGGACGUGA